ACCAGAAACCCUGUGAACAUGAAGUGAGAGAAUCGAGUCUCUUUCAGGGAUGAAAUCCUGACGAGAGAGCAAAGUCUACCAUCAUAAUGGAACCACCAGUUACGAGCAAGGUCCUGCGAGCUCCUAGCCUGAAGAGGGGUCAGGAGAACGUCAGGAUUCAGGAUAGGAUCAAGCUGGAACGUGUGCUCGGCGUAACCGUGUCGAGCAAUGCAGCCCUGGACUGCGAUGCGACCAGCGAGCUGGUCGCGUAUCCUGCUGGCUGCACCGUGGUGUUGUUCAACCCUCGAAAAAACACCCAGGCCCACGUGUUGAACGCUUGUCGCAAAACGGUCACCUCCCUGGCGCUCGCCGGCGACGGUAGACUGCUGGCGACCGGUGAAUGCGGUCACAUGCCGAAUGUUCGUGUCUGGGACAUCUCCGAUCCGUACAAUGCGGUUCAGAUCGCCGAGUUCUCCGGGCACAAGUACGGCAUCAAUUGUGUGGCAUUUUCACCGAGCAACAAGUACGUGGUGUCCGUGGGCUCUCAGCACGAUAUGAUCGUCAACGUCUGGGACUGGAGGAACAAUGUUAAGGUGGCGUCGAACAAAGUCUCGAGCAAAGUGAAGGCCGUCUGCUUCGCGGAAAACGGCAAUUACUUUGUUACCGUUGGCAACAGACACGUCAAGUUUUGGUAUCUCGAGUACUCGCGCAGCGCCAAGUAUAAGGAACCUGUGCCUUUGAUGGGUCGGUCUGCCAUAUUAGGAGAGCAGAGAAACAACGAUUUCGUGGACGUAGCCUGCGGCCGCGGGGAAAUGGCGGAUUCCACGUACGCGAUCACCAAAACCGGCCUCUUAUGCGAAUUUAAUAACAGGAGGCUUCUGGACAAAUGGGUGGAGCUGCGUACGACCAGCGCCAAUUGCAUGGCUGUCGGGGACAAGUAUAUAUUCAUCGGCUGCGCGGAAGGAAUCGUCAGGUGUUUUAGUCCUACCACACUGCAAUUCAUCACCACGUUACCGCGAACGCAUUACCUAGGCGUGGAUGUUGCCCAGGGUUUGUCCAUCAGUCACAUGUCCCAGCACCCGCCGAACGCCAGGUACCCGGACGCGAUCGCGCUGGCAUUCGACGAACGGAACCACAAGCUGACGUGCGUCUACAACGACCACAGCAUCUACGUGUGGGACGUGCGGGACAUCAGGCGGGUCGGCAAAUCGCACUCGUUCCUCUAUCACUCGGCGUGCAUCUGGGGCGUCGAGAUGUACCCGACCGGUUCCGAUUCCGUGGACGCGAUGCCAGCCGGAAGCUUCAUCACCUGUUCCAGUGACGACACCAUCCGCGUCUGGAACCUCGAGAAGGACGUGUCGCCCAGUGACACGCUCUACAAACGUAACAUCUACAGCAACGAGCUUCUCAAGGUCCUCUACAUCGACCCCGAGCAGCUGACAUACCUGAAAGACCUGGAUCUAGCCGCGGCCGGCUCGACGGAGAAGAGCGACGCGUCGUACGACGGUCGAAACGGCGUCCGAUCGAUCCGAGUCAGCCCAGACGGCAAGCAUCUGGCCUCCGGUGAUCGGUCCGGUAACAUCAGGAUUCACGACCUCUCCUCGUUGGAGGAGCUCUGUCUCAUAGAGGCCCACGACGCGGAGGUACUCUGUCUCGAGUACUCGAAAUUCUCGCGAUACUCCGCCGAGCCUCCCAGACUGUUGGCCAGCGCGUCCAGGGACCGAUUGAUCCACGUGUUCAGCGUCGACCAAGGGUACAACUUCUCGCAGACGCUCGACGAUCACAGUUCUUCCAUUACUGCCGUGAGAUUUUUCAAUCAGAGCAAUCAGGGUAAUCAGAUACAGAUGGUGUCCUGCGGCGCCGAUAAGAGUAUUAUUUUUAGACAGCUGCAAUCGACACCAGGAGGGAUGCCUCAGUUCUCCAGGGGUCACAACGCUCAGGGAAAGACCACUCUGUACGACAUGGAGGUCGAUUCCGGGCAAAAGCACGUUUUAACUGCCUGCCAAGAUAGAAACAUAAGAGUUUAUAACGUGACCACUGGCAAACAUAGUAAAACGUUUAAAGGAUCCGUCGGGGAAGAUGGAUCUCUCAUUAAAGUCGUUCUAGACGCAUCGGGAAUUUACGUAGCUACCUCGUGUACAGAUAAGACAUUGUGCGUAUACGAUUACUACAGCGGGGAAUGCAUGGCCACUAUGCUCGGCCACUCGGAAUUGGUGACAGGGCUACGCUUUAGUCCAGACUGUCGAAACCUCGUAUCCGCCAGCGGAGACGGAUGCAUAUUCGUCUGGCGGGUUCCCCGUGACAUGGUUGUAACCAUGCAGGCCCGUCUCGCUCAGCAAGCAAUGCGAGCUGGAAAAAGGCCGCCUCAAGUGAACGGUACGGGAAUCGAAAUACAGGUGGAUAACGAAACUUUCGGAUCGCCGCCGCCGGAAUUUCUAGAUCCAAACGCGAAUCCCACGCCGCAGAACGUGGGCGUCGAUUAUAGGUUCAGCGUCGGUCAGCUGCCGCUUUGGGCGAAAAAACAAAUAAACACCGCGAACACCGACGAAACUACGACCCUUGGCUCGAACGCCAGGUCCCUGGGCGUCGACCUGCCGAAGGGCAGAUGGGCGCAAAGGGUGCAGCAAGGCGACGGUAUAACUGUAAAGUCCGUCUACGACAGCGACGAGGUUAUACCGUUCCCGCCGCCUCGUGGCGCGAUCGAUUCCGAUGGCGGUGGCGGUGGCGGCGGUUCGAAAGACAGCUCGAUAGACAGUGGAACCGAGACCAAAUGUAGCAGUGACUAUCGACGGGAAACUAUCAUCAUCAAAAGGGAAGAGGACGAGACUAUAUUUCAACCAUGUCCAGAUAGUUACAGAGAACUAGCAGAUGAGUCGAAACAGGUGAUCGGUGGUAACGUGACGGUAACUAGAGGUAGCAAUAUCACGGAAUUGACACGUCAGUCGAGGAGUCGUCAUCAUACCGACGAUAGCAGUCUUGGCAGCUUUAAAUUUGAGGAUCACGAGAGCACGGAGCACGACGGCGACGUCGAGGAUUAUUCCGAGGGGGAAAACGGGACGACUGGUUCCGAAAAGUCUCAUCAUAGAUUGAUGUAUUAUCCUGCCCCGGAGGACACGAUAUCGAAUCAGUUCACCGUGAACGCGAUGGAUGUGGAAGAACUUAGAAGAUCUCAAAGGCGACAAAAGAAACCUAGAAACGGAGAGAGCGGUCGAACUAGCGAGUUGACCGCAUCCGGCAGUCAGGACGAUUCGGAUUCCGAAGGUGGAGCUUCGACACCUAGCGCUGAAAGAAAUCCCUUGUCCAUAUUAUCGGAAGCCAGCUCGGAAGGUUUCGACCAGCUGGCAAAGCAGAGCCAUCGCGAAAAGUAUCUCAAGAACGCUUUCGAAUCUCUCAGUGGGGCCGAAGAGCCCACCAAUAGAAGUCCUAAAACAACUAGCAUCAGUUCUCAGUUUCAUGGAAGACUCAGUGGAGGCGGCGGCGUCGAUCUGACUAGCAACAAGAAGGUUCGCAAUCAGGCCGUUGUGAACGCAACGAAACAGGCGAGGGGAGAUGCGGACGUCGUGAAGAAACGAGAGGAAUUGCAGAGGAGAAUAGAGGAAACCAGGAGAAAAUUACAAAGCGUCGGCUACAAGUCGUCGCUAAAAACCAGCCAAAGCAUAUCGGACUUGAGCAGCCAUAUACCGGAGAAGCAUCAUCGUUCGAACAGGCUGAGCACAGGUAACAACAAAUCCGGUCAACGGACCCAAUACUCGAAACCGAUUAACCCUUGCAAACCAAUACCGAACCCAAAGCCUCCGUUAAAACCUCAACUAAUUAACAAAGUGUCGGGUGUGGGGAAUGCGAUACCUAAGCUAAACAUUCCAAUCUCCGACAACUGCUUGUCCAAAAGCCAGACUACGUCGUGUAUAAGUGACAAGACGAGACCGUCGCUUAGUCGUCCGUUAACGUUGACCCUAAAAAAAACUGAAAAGUAUAAGCUAUCGCUGAAUAAGCCGAAUCAAUCGUUACCCGAGUCGCCCGUGUGCGAGGAGCUCAAGCUCCUCAAGGAACAGUGCAAAAAGAACGUCAGUCGGUUCGCGAGAUUCGCGCAGAAACGAAGAUCCUGCAGUUACUUUAUCGGCCUGAACGACAACGAGGAGGACAUGGAGAAUAUAGCGAAAUCGUUCGAAAGCUUGCCCGCGAUGAACGAGCGGAACAUCGAGACCCUGAACGACGCGUUGGACGACGGAGACGAGGGGAAUGGAAACUUCAGCGACGACUCCUUGGAGGGAGACUUCAAGAAUCCACCCCGACGAUGCGUUAGCGACUAUCAGAUAAACUUUCACGUCGACAGUCAGCAGGACGGUCACAGAGCUUACUCGACGAGUUAUCAAACUUUCCCGAAACGCGUGCUUACCGGCUCUCAGGAGAGCAUACUGUCGGACGCUUCGGUCGAGUCGUUUUCAAAAGGAAGCGCCGAGAUUCUCGAUUACAGCCACUACGACAACGAUCGACACUCGAGCGCGAGCUUCUUCCUUUCCCGUCGAAAAAUGCAGGCCGGUCGAAGUCAGGAGAGCAUUCUGACCGACGAGUCCGACUUACAGAUGUUCCCGUUGCAGGAGAAUAUGGAUCAUCGAAGUACCGAAAGCGUGUUGACCGACGAUUCCGACUCUCUCGUGAAAUCCGCGCCCCUCGAGAUGUUGUUCGACUCGCACUACAGACGAAAGAGACAGAAUUCGGAAACGUACAGCGGCAAUCCCAAUAACGUCGUAGAGCCCUCGAACGAUACUCAAAAUGUCGCGAACGACGCGACGACUUGUCGGGCGGUGUUUAGGUCUAAAUCUCUUCAGGACACGAGGAUAAGCAAAGCAAAGAAUGAGAACAAUUAUUCCGAAGAGAGCGCGCAGCCGGCAACCUGCAUCUAUUACGAAUUCAAUUUCAACGAUCAAAACGACGCGAACGUCGAGAUGCAAAUAGGAACAAAAUCGGACACGAUGCCGAGAAGUAACAGCCUGAAGGUGCCAAAGGAGCCCCGCUCGAUGCUGAUUCUGAACGAUUUCGUGGCUCACAAGCCACCGAAACCGAAACGAAACUCUGCUCGCACGCAGAGCAUGCGAAACAGGGCUCGUCCCGCCUGGAACAAGUACAACGUGGACACACCUUCUCAGUCUUCCCGUGCAAAAUCAGAAUCCGAUGACUACGGAAGCAAGUUACGCGCGGAGGAUCGCCCGAUACGAGACGACACUGACGGGAAGUCCGAAGCAGUGGAGAGUCUCGAGAAUUCGAAGAGAAUCGAGCAAUUUCUACAAUCGCCGGGUUAUUCGUUACAGUUCAACGACGACACAGACUCGAAGACCAAGUUCUACAGCUUGCAGAAUCGUCGCUCCUCCGACAAAAGCAUGGCCUACGACGCCGGUGGUCCAAUGGACAACUAUGGUUUCGAUCCAAACGAGUCGUCUCGUCGAGGCUGCGACAUAGGAGGGGAGCAGAGGGACGGCUCCCAUGUUUGCUGCUUCGAAAAUCAGAUCCCGACAAAGGACACGCAAGAGACGUACGACUCGUUGGAACCUGGCGGCGUGUCCUGCGACUUGCAGCCGGUCGGUGGAAUGCAGACUGCCACAAAUUUACAAUCGACCGACGAACGAAUCGAUAAUUUGGACGUGGAUCUUAGAAUUAGCAGAGCGAUCGAGGGAACCGUAAAGUUGCUUUCCAGAGAGUUUGAGAACUUGGUCAGGAGGGAACAGUACAUUAUGAAAGAGAAAUGCCUGAGGAUGACGCAUUGCCAGCAGGCGAGCGAAAAUUUCGCUAAACUGGAAGCCGAGCGGGACAGUAGGUUCACGAUGAAGCGCGACAUAAGAUUCCAUUCGGGAGGAGAAGAUAGCGAUUGCGCGGACACGUCUGCAAUGGAUAAGUCCAUGAUGGAAAGCGGAUCCUCGACGUCGGCAUCGAGCUGCACCAAUUCGCCAAAGAGGAUGUGGCCGCCGGCCUCCAGAUGUCAUAGUCACAUGAAAUGGACCAAAACUUUGCCGACUAUUAAUCAAGUUAUACUACCAUCCAAGCAUCUUUACGCAGUUUCAGGAAAAGUAGGUAAUAAGAACGCAAACGCUACGGCGCGAAGCGGGCUAGGAAACACGAACAGCGGAAAUCAGUCUCGGCACGGUUCGACGAAGAAUCAUUCUUCUCAUAUAACCAGGAGCAGUAGCGUCGGUGUUUUGAAUCAGAGCGAUUCCGAGUCGGACGUUGGAGCUGGAACCGGAAGGGGAUGGAACAACCAAAUUGCGAAUAACAGGAUCAGCGGUUUGAUGAGACCGACGAUCAGUUCGCAGAAUAAAAUCAAUCAUCAGAUAAAGACCGGCUCCUCUUCUAACAGCAAUUUACCGUCGGUUCUCAGGAGAAGAGGCAUGCAGGGAGCGUAUUCGAGUGUAAAUCUAAGUCAAGUGGGUAACCAAGAAGAUUCGAGUUCGGAAGAUACAUCCUCGAAUGGGAACGGAGGAAAGCCGGCUCUUCCUCCGAGACCUCGAAGCAUCAGUAUCGAUCAUUCUGGUACAAAUCUAAGUUUACCUACUACGACGGUGAGGAGAUCAGGAUCAACGACUGUAAUCGCUAACGGCCGUAACGGAAGUAACUCGAUAGGACAGAGCACGAAUAGGCUAUCGACGGCCAAUCGGAGUCAACUGGAUCCCAGCCCACAAGAGCUACCAGUCAAAGAUACUGAUCGUGCCAUCGAUGUAGCCAGUGCCGAAUUAGGCACGGAUAAUACAUUAGUGUCGACGCAGCUGUGUAACACGAUCGCGGAUGACCUGACGCGAACGGCGGACAAUGUGGUGCAGCUGUAUAAACGUUUAACGAUAGACAAGGAGGACGAGGGUGCUAGCAUCGACAGGGACACGAUGCUGCGCGGCCUCCAAUCUUCCGUUAACGAGACCAUGCGCACUUUGCGAUUGGUGGUAGCCGGUGGACAGGGAAACGCCGACGGAUCGUCAGCGACAGGCAGCGACAGCGUGGUCGUGAACGAGGCAACCGCCACGUUUCAGGAGCUGCUCGCCGGACAGGAUCAGGGUAAGGUGGUCAACAUGAUGCAACAGUACUCCGAAUUGCUGCUGACCAUGAUGCAGCAGAGGAUGGGGGGAACGCAGUCGAGCCAUACGUAAAAUCCGUCCAUCUGCCAGUUCUCCGUGGAGAAGAACGAUCAGAACGUCCAGCCGCGAUGUCGUCGAGAUUCCGUCGAUUCCUACGCCUCUAACACUUUGCAUUCCCCCCCCCCC